CAAAGUAAUUAAGUUAUUUUCCUUCACCAUAGUGUGGGAACAUAACAUACAACAUACCCAGAGCAGUCAACGAGCCAGAAACCCAGAAUCUGGUGCUCAGACGACUGGACGACAAUGAUGACAUUCAGAUGGCGGAGCAGGCUUAGCGAUAGAUUGACGCUAUAAAAAAACCCGUAGCAGAGCAACAGGAACAGCAGAGAUACUGAAACCAAGGAUACCCGCAUCAAGGCGGAAGCAACGAGAAGCCAGCACCAAGAAAUGUACACAUCAAGACGAGAGCAGCAGAGAAGCAUCCAAGGAUACCCACAGACGGCGAGAGCAUACAAGAAGAUAGUAGCGCAGCAGCAGCGCCAGAAGUCCGUACAAAGACGGCACAAUAGCAACGAACUAACCACAAACAAGCCGGCGAGUGACGAUCGAUGGGGCCGAGGCGAGAGUCAACCAGGAACACUGCGACAGGAGCCGAUGUUUGAGUCAGUGGGGCCACUUGCUGGAGGACAUGGCGUCGGACAACACGUCCCACAUGUGGCGCAUGGCGACGGCUACGGCCACCUUAGGGGACGCGGGCCCGAACGGAGUCGUCAUUAACUAUCCGGCAGAGGAAUUCCGGGUACACAUCUCGAAAACAAACUGGAUCACCAUUUCUCAACGCCCCCCGAAGUAGGAGAGGGAUGUGAUGAGUCGUUUGACCCCUCACAAAUAGCGCCAACAACAACGCCAGUUAGCGCCAACAACAUCGGCAGCCAGCGCCAACAACAACAGCAGCCAGCAGCUACAACAGCGCCAGCCGCAACAACAACAGCAGCUAACAACUAAACAAAACCCUUGCGAAUAACUUUGUAAAACUUUGUACUGUGCACUUAAUAUGUAAG